GGAAAUAUGACCUGACGGCGAGAGACAAAGUUCGUCUGCAAGAAACCUCAAUGAAGUAUGAGAGAUCACACAUCAAGCUUUUGGAUUUUCCCAGAUAAUCCAGAAAACCCACCGGGUAAGAGGACUUUGCUCUCCUUGGAUGGCUGUUGAAGACACAAGAGCUGUUGAAUGUCAUCUCUAUCUCAGUUCAAGGUCCAGAGGAAAGAUGCCAUACACCAAGCCUAAGAGAUCCAGACUGAUGGCAAGGAUAAUGUACAAGAUGAAAACGGUGAAUGUCCAAAAGCCCACACUUCCUAUUGCAACUGUGUUUCCCCAUCAUUACACCAGCAAGCACUUGGACCUUCCCAUCAGAACGACACCUUUAAAAAGAGAGUCAGAGGAGGACGGUGGAUGUAUGGCAAAAGGCAUGAAGGCAGAACCCGUAGAAUUUCCAGAGGACUUGGAAGAGACUUUCCAUUCAGGCCAACUGCAGCAGCACUGCAGCCUGGCAGCAAAACAUUGCCGGCAAGAUGAUGGCAUGCUCAAUGAAAAAGCCAGGUGGGGUUACUAUAACAAGCCAGCGAUGACAAGAUACCACUCAUUCAAGUCAUACAAGGGAACAACUCAAAGCAGCCCAAUGUUCCAUAGACCACAACAGACCACCUCAAACAACUCAUCCUCUUUUACUACUUCCUGUAUAGAAAACACUGGCAACAGAAGUCCUCUAAAGUCUCCAGAAGUUGCUGACAGUUCACUUUACCUGUCUACAAAUGAUAAUAAUACAUGUACCAGUCCACAGAAUCCAGUCAGUGCAGGGCUUGGUCUUGAGCAAUCUGAUGAGAGAACAGAGGAUAACCAAAACUGGAAAAAUGGAAACGGUGGUGUCUCUUCCACGAGGGCUACAGCUGAGGGCAUCACAUGCAAGGAAGGAAUUGGUGAAAAUGAGACAGUUCGUCCUGUGCUGCAAGAGGAUAUACCCAGAGCUAACCCUUAUAGUUGUCCCAUUCAAAAUAUGAAUUUGGUUGAAAGAGAAAGGGAAGGUCAGGAAGAUCUUACCAUCAGUGAAUACAAGGCUUUUUCUGAAAUCCCCCCACAGGAAGAGUUAUUGAGUGUUGAACAUGAUGUAAAAAACAAUAAUGUGGAAGAGAUCAUUCACAGUUCGUUACCAGGGGAAGAGGACGAUCCACCAAGCCCUGUGUUUAACUCCAAGGCUGUUUUAGGUGCCCUCAGCGAUCAAGGAAGCAGUGAUGAAAAAUGCAAGUACAAGAUGAGCUACAAACCUAAUGACGAUGAAGAUGAACAUUGUGGAUUCAAGGUCUUUUCUCAUGCUGAAGGCCUUGUACAAAAAGGAUCUAGAGCAAAAGCUGGACUUGAGACCUUAGUUUCUUCCAGAAUUCCAUUAUCCAUUACUGGAAGUGAAACAACUGACUACUUUGAAGCUUCCAAACAGAAUCCUUCAACACCCACCUUUUGGAAGGAGGUUGUAAAUGACAACUACUCAUCUGACUCUGAACCACCUUUUCCAUUGACUCAGAAGUACCAAGCAGAAAGAGACACUGGUGACUGUGCAGUACCUGAUGGAGACAACUUGGAUUCUCUCAUCUUUCCAGAGUCUCCCCUGCUGUAUUCUCCGUACUUAGAAGGCUAGUGCUGCCACCCCCACCCCCCAGUCUGGCAAUACUAGUAUGAUGUCCUUGCUAUAUAGGGCCAAGUUGGUAUAAAGGACUGAUAUUUAGUUCCAUUCUGGUACAGAAAAACAAUCCUAGGGCUGUGACUGGCUGGUAAGAUCAGUUGAUAAAAUUUCCAGUUACCCUGGCAGUUCCUUUUCUGUUGAGACUUACUAUUCAAGGCUCCACCCUGACUAAUUGGAUGUAAAAACUGAUGUAGUCCAUGAAUUUAUAGAUACAGUGCUUUUUUCUAAGUUGAUAAUUCAUAACAUUUGGCCUUUCAAUUCAAGUAGCAAGAAACGCAUGUUGCCAGAAUUAUUUGUACUGACUUACAGAAGUACAGGAUGGUAGACCUUGUAUGUGUGCUACGUGUACUCAUAGUAAAGGAGACCUGAAAUGAAUUGUUGCACAUGUUUAAUGCUAACAAGAUGGUUAGAUUUUACACCUUAUUUGUGAUUUCCAGAAAUUAAAUGUAAAAGGUUCACUUACAUGAUUGUAUUUACAGCAUUUGUAAAAUUCAGAAUAUGUUGUAUACAUGUAUAUUUAAGUUUAGUUUAACUGUGUUGGCUCCAUUGCUUACUUAUCCUGAAGUUCAUCCAAUAUCACUUUGGUCUUUAGUUCCUUGGUAGUUACUAAUGACAGGACAGGUUUCCAGGCUACUUCUUAUUAUUUUCAGAUUACACACAUGCAAUGCUAUGUUUGGUACAUUUUUCUUUUCUAGUUUAAUAUGUACCAUUUAGGCUACUGAUUUACGCUUGCAAGAUUGUAUCUGACUGAA